AGGAAAUGGGAAGUUUAUUGAGUAAACAAGCGGUAGCCACAGACACACCUGCCACAACCAAGGAAGACCAGGCGCUACCGCUACUGCCUCCCGGUCACAUCCGGGUACUUCUCUACCGACUCCUGACGUUCCGACGUGCGAGCCGUUAGGGUUAUUUGAAACACACGCAAAGCCAAUCCAUCGGCGCCUGAGGGGAGGGUGCGGAGAGCAGUGGCCAAUCACCGCCCCUCUGGAGACCGCAGCCUAUGGGAAGGAGGUUGACAUCACGCGCCAAUCGGCAUGGCUUUUAGAGAAAGAGGCUCAUUUUUUGAAUUGGUUGUGGCUGACACCCGCGAGGAAUGGCGGUACCAGUAAGGGGAAUCAGUGCUUGAACAGGUGGACUUCCGAGGCGUUUUUUGAGAGUGGUGAGGACUUUGUGGAUGUGGGUUGGGGAGGUGGGGAGUGGGCCAACGUCCCCGGAGCAUUGGGCUCCUUUUCUGGUUGGACUGCCCCACCCCGAUGACCGCGAAUCCCGAAGCACCCCUGCUCAGGCUUCCUGGCUCUGGAAACUCCCCCACUGCACUCCCAACAGCUAGGCAGUGACCGCAGUGGGAUCCCGAAGGCCUGGUCGUGGGGCAUCUUCAUCCCUCACCUGCCAACAGAGAAGAGUACUAAUAAUGGCUGACAAUAGUGUCUUAACAUCUACUACUGGGAGGACAAGCUUGGCAGACUCCUCUAUUUUUGAUUCUAAAGUUACUGAAAUUUCUAAGGAAAAUGUAUUUGUUGGAUCUGCUUCAUAUGUUGAAGAAGAAAUGCCUCAAAUUGAAACGAGAAUGAUAUUGGUUCAGGAAGCUGGAAAACAAGAAGACCUUAUAAAAGCUUUAAAGACUAUUAAAAUAAUGGAAGUCCCUGUUAUAAAGAUAAGAGAAAGUUGUCCUGGAAAAUCGGAUGAAAAAUUAAUAAAAAGUGUUGUUAAUAUGGAAAUUAAAGUGCCCUUUGUAAAGAUGGAGUCACUGGAAGAAUUUGAAAGUUUGGAUUCUCCAGAAUUUGAAAAUGUAUUCAUAGUCAUGGACUUCCAGGAUUCCAUUUUUGAUGAGUUACACAAGACUGAUUGUAGAAUUAUUGGACCACCAGUUAUCUUAAACUGUGCCCAAAAAGGAGAGCCUUUGCCUUUUUCAUGUCGCCCACUCUAUUGUACAAGCAUGAUGAAUCUAGUACUAUGCUUUACUGGAUUUAGGAAAAAAGAGGAACUAGUCAGAUUGGUGACAUUGGUUCAUCACAUGGGUGGAGUUAUUCGAAAAGACUUUAAUUCAAAAGUUACACAUUUGGUGGCAAAUUGUACACAAGGAGAAAAAUUCAGGAUUGCUGUGAGUCUGGGCACUCCAAUUAUGAAGUCAGAAUGGAUUUAUAAAGCUUGGGAAAGGCGGAAUGAACAGGAUUUCUGUGCUUCAGUUGAUGACUUUAGAAAUGAAUUUAAAGUUCCUCCUUUUCAAGAUUGCAUUUUAAGUUUCUUAGGAUUUUCAGAUGAAGAAAAAACCAAUAUGGAAGAAAUGACUAAAAUGCAAGGAGGUAACUGUUUACCCGUUGGAGAUGAAAGAUGCACUCACCUUGUAGUUGAAGAGAAUGUAGUAAAAGAACUUCCAUUUGAACCUUCGAAAAAACUUUAUGUGGUCAAGCAAGAGUGGUUCUGGGGGAGCAUUCAAAUGGAUGCCCGAGCUGGGGAAACUAUGUAUUUAUAUGAAAAGGCUAAUACUCCUGAGCUCAAGAAAUCAGUGUCACUGCUUUCUCUAAAUACCCCAAACAGCAAUCGCAAAAGACGUCGUUUAAAAGAGACCCUUGCUCAGCUUUCAAGAGAGACAGACAUGUCACCUUUUCCUCCCCGUAAGCGCCCGUCAGCUGAACAUUCCCUUUCUAUAGGGUCACUCCUAGAUAUCUCCAACACACCAGAGUCUAGCAUUAACUAUGGAGAAACACCAAAGUCUUGUACUAAGUCUUCUAAAAAUUCCACUCCGGUUCCUUCGAAGCAGUCAGCCAGAUGGCAAGUUGCAAAAGAACUUUAUCAGACUGAAAGUAAUUAUGUAAAUAUAUUGGCCACAAUUAUUCAGUUAUUUCAAGUACCUUUGGAAGAGGAAGGACAACGUGGUGGGCCUAUCCUUGCACCAGAAGAGAUUAAGACUAUUUUUGGUAGUAUCCCUGAUAUCUUUGACGUGCACAUGAAGAUAAAGGAUGAUCUUGAAGACCUUAUUGUUAAUUGGGAUGAGAGCAAAAGCAUUGGUGACAUCUUUCUUAAAUAUUCAAAGGAUUUGGUAAAAACCUACCCUCCCUUUGUAAACUUCUUUGAAAUGAGUAAGGAAACAAUUAUUAAAUGUGAAAAACAGAAACCAAGAUUUCAUGCUUUUCUGAAGAUAAACCAAGCUAAACCAGAAUGUGGACGGCAAAGCCUUGUUGAACUUCUGAUUCGACCAGUACAGAGGUUACCUAGUGUUGCGUUACUUUUAAAUGAUCUUAAGAAGCAUACAGCUGAAGAAAAUCCUGACAAAAGCACUCUAGAAAAAGCUAUUGGAUCACUAAAGGAAGUAAUGACCCAUAUUAACGAGGAUAAGAGAAAAACAGAAGCCCAAAAGCAAAUUUUUGAUGUUGUUUAUGAAGUAGAUGGCUGCCCAGCUAAUCUUUUGUCUUCUCACCGAAGCUUAGUCCAGCGAGUUGAAACAAUUUCUCUAGGUGAACACCCCUGUGACAGAGGAGAGCAAGUAACUCUCUUUCUCUUCAAUGACUGCCUGGAGAUAGCAAGAAAACGACACAAGGUUAUUGGCACUUUUAGGAGUCCUCCUGGCCAUACCCGACCCCCAGCUUCUCUUAAGCAUAUUCACCUAAUGCCUCUUUCUCAAAUUAAGAAGGUACUGGACAUAAGAGAAACAGAAGAUUGCCAUAAUGCUUUUGCCUUGCUUGUGAGGCCACCAACAGAGCGGGCAAAUGUGCUGCUCAGUUUCCAGAUGACAUCAGAGGAACUUCCAAAAGAAAACUGGUUAAAGAUGCUGUGUCGACAUGUAGCCAAUACCAUUUGUAAAGCGGACGCUGAGAAUCUUAUCUAUAGUGCUGAUCCAGAAUCCUUUGAAGUAAAUACUAAAGAUAUGGACAGUACAUUGAGUAGAGCAUCUAGAGCAAUUAAAAAGACUUCAAAAAAGGUUACAAGAGCAUUCUCUUUUUCAAAAACUCCAAAAAGAGCUCUGCGAAGGGCCCUUAUGACAUCCCAAAGCUCAAUGGAGGGAAGAAGUCCUUCCAGCAAUGACAAGCAUGUAAUGAGUCGUCUGUCUAGCACAUCAUCAUUAGCAAUUGUCCAUUCUGUUUCCACAAGCAAUAUAAUUGGAUUUACUAAGCAUGUUUAUGUACAGCGCUCAAACUCUACUGGUGGGCGCUCUCAAAACUCCUGGUUUCGAUCUGUCCGUCAUUCUGCCUCACGAGCUAGUUUUUCAGAGAUACUAGAAGGAAGUAUUGAUUUUUCAAAUUUCAAAAAAAGUCCUAUCCAAGUCAUCUUUGACAUUUGUGAAGAAUUAGGAGAUAUGCCAAGCAAUAAUGGAAACAAGCCUCGUGAAAAUUUAAUGGUAUCCCAUCUCCCUCCCUUGUCAGCCUGCCUUCCUUCUUUGAAAGAAGAAGUCAUACUUUAAGCAGAUCUACAACUCAUUUGAUAUGAAGCUUAAAAAAUGUUAAUUUAUAGCAACUUAUAAACACUUCAUACUCAAGAAACUGACUUAAAUGGUACUUGUCAUAAGCACUUGGUGAAAGCUGGAAAGAAUAUAUAGGUAACACUAAAACUAUGUCAUUUGAUUUUCUUCUUGAAAGAGUAAGAUUAACCUCUUACAUAUUUUGAGUUAAUUCAUGUAAAAAAUUAUAUUGAUUUUGAUGUAAUUUUUCUCUUUGCUUGAAUCUUUCAUUUGAAGACCAAUAAUUUAAGUUAUUCAUGAUAUUAGUAGCUUUGCAACUUGACAAUACUAAAUAAAUUUUAUUGGUGGUUGCCAAAUACUGCUGUGAAUCUCUCUGUAUAUUGUCCAUGAAUGAAUUUUUUGAAAUACCUAUUUGUGUAUCUCAGUUUGUGAAGAGAUUUAGUAAUAUCACAGAACUUACUAGAUAAAACACCUGCACAGAUUCCCAGUUAAUAGUGGGGACUUGUUUCACCUAUGCUGUUUGUAGUAGUUAUUUAACUGCUCCUAUUGCAGUUUAUUGUAUUCUCAAAUGUUUUCAAGAUCUAGAGUGUGGAUUUUAAAAGAUUUGCCCUCAUUAACAAGAAUAAUAGUUAAAGGAGAUGUUUCAAAAUAUUUUUGCAAAUUGAGAUAAGAACAGAAAGAUUAAAGAAUAAUGUAUAUUUUGACAAAUAUGGUAUUGGUGUAUACUUGUUACUUUUUCAGGGACCAUAUAUUUUGGGUGAUUUUAGCCACUAGCAAAUCUUCAUUUAGUUUGAUAGUGUGAGGAAUUUUAUUUUGAAGUAUAAGACCAUGGGGAAAUUGUGGUAUAGACUGUUAUACAUUUUAUGAAAUAAUUCUAAAAUUGACAUCAAUUUUACCAAUCUGCAGUAAAAUACAUAGGUACUUGUAUGGUCUGCCUUUUAUUUUGGUCCCAUAAUUAAAUGUAAAAUCAAAUACAUUUAUUUGCUGUUGUAAGAUAUCUUUCAAACCUGAUGUUAAUUUUCACAAUAGGUUUUUUUUUUUUAAUAGUGAUACAAAAUAAUCAAGUUUCUAUAAAUUUUUUUAUUUUUAUUUCCUAUUUGUUUAGGGAGUACUGUAAACACUUAAUUGUCAUUUAACAAUUUCCAGUCAUCUGCUUUAAUAGUUUAACUGACUAUAGAUUUUUUUCUAUACCACAUAUUUGCCAUUUUUAAAUAGUAAAUCACUCAACUGAUAAAUUUUAAAAGCAGUUGUAUUAAUAAGAACUUUGUAAAUAAAUAAUUAAAACUCAA